GCCUAUCGUCCUCAUCUUGCUUCUAUCCACCUGCAGGCCCUCGGAAACGUUGUCUGCGCAGUCUCUUUGUGUCUUUGUUUAACUUGACACUCCAGUCCUUCAACUUAGCAUUCGAGUUUGCGUGGUUGGCGACCUCAUAGCUUUGGUCGCCAUGUCGUCAAACGCGGGGUCAAGUUCUUCAUCAGGAUCCUCGCGAGAUGCUUCUCACAUUUCAUCCACACAUUCGAAUAUGGCAUUUCCUGAAUUGAUCGCUCUUGGAUUCGAGUUUGAACGAUUCGCAACGCGACUAUCUACGCAUCUACGUUCACUCGGGGAAAGGCUUGAUGUAUGGGACACUCGUGCCAACAUUGAUCGGGCUCGGAUUGAUGGUCUUGAACGCAAUGCUGCACACGCAGAUGCUGUAGAGGCACUCGAGGCUCGCCAACGUGAAGACCACGCUCACAUCGAAGUCCUUGAGAGGAAAGUUGAAGCUUUGUCUUCUGAAGUUAGAUUCUUGCGACAAGAACGUCUUGGGUCUGUUGGAUACGAACAAGCCCGUGUUGAGGAAGAUGUGAAUCAGCCCGUUGCAAAUUCAAGUAGGAGGGAAAGCUUGAAUGUUGAAUCUCGGAAUCACUCUUCUAUAGUGAAGCUCCCAGUCUUGGCUGCCUCUUCGAAGGCGGAUAUCAAGAUCGAAGCAGAUGACCUGGACUUGCAAACUACACCUAAAGGCAAGGGGAAACAACCUUUGAUCGAGGGCUCCAUAUCUAAGAGAUCUUCAUUCGCCGGUCGUUCGAGACCAUCUGUAUUGCCCCUCGUCAAGACUGAGGAUGUGGAGACCAUUCCGAAAGGGAAAGCGAAACUAUCCGUCGCCCAACGAGCUACUUCAACCAAGGCGUCUACGAUAGGCUCUUCGGGCUCAUCAGGGUCAGGGACAAUCAAGCCAAUCAAGAAAGAGCCGACAAUCGUGGACCUGGUUACUCCAAUGAAUGAAGGCAAACGACUCAAAGUUGAACGAACGUCUUCAUGGGUUGAGCAGACAUCCUCUUCGAGUUCUUCUUCCUCGACUCUUGUCACACUCACAAACGAUGCUGCUGUCUUGGAUGUUGACACAACUCCAAGAGGGAAAGGCAAAGAACGUGCCACAGUCGAACGGAGCACUUCUUGGGAUAUGGUUCUUACUGACGACGAGGAGUUGGCCGAGUUGAGUGCUCUUUCGCACGAACUUGGUCUCGACAAUUCCUUUAGCACGUCUGCCACGAAAGUGAACGAAGAGGAAGAUGCAGCAGAGGAGCCGCCAGUGUCGGAUUGUGCAUCAGAUUCUAGUUCUAGUGACGAUGAGUUCUUUGAACCAGAGUCCGUGGAGGACAAUGAAGAUGACCAGCCAUCUGUAUCGACGCCUUUUCAGGCUGAAUACAAAGGAAUUCAUGACCCACCGCACACAUCGCCCGUAGCCAUUGGUCCUCUGCAGGCCAAGACGAUCUUUGCGAAAUUGAAACUUCCUCGUCAAGAAUUUAAGUUUCUUAGAGAAUUCGUUAGAUGCACGGAACCAAGGUUCCAUGCAUUCUUUCAUGAAGAUCUUGCGUUCCUUUACAAUCCUUUCACAGUUGAACUGGAGGCUUCGUCUGUUAUCUGUGGAUGGGCCUCCGAGGAGCACAUCCAACAAGAUACUGAAUACAUCGAGGAUCAUGUCAAUCCGGAAGGUCGGGUAUAUCACACCUUUGUGCUAUACGGACUAAAGGCGUGGUGGUAUCUGGGAGCAAUGGUAUGGAAGCCGAGCGGUUUCAGAUGCGAUUGGUCUCAUCUGCCAGAAGAGGAUCAUCGUCGAUUCUACAAAGAGUUGUCCAGGUCGUGGAACAGAGGUUUACGACCGGCUGAAGUUGCCGAUGCACUCGAAAGUGGCGAGCUUUACGAAUAUUGCGUAGAGCUUAGUCGCCCACCGGACGCGAAAGAGGCCUCGAUGAACUUUGCGAAGUUCAGACUUAGACAUAUCAAGCCUGACUGUGAAAACAUAUGGCGUUGAACGUGAGUCGGCUGCCGUCAUGGCUUGAGGCGUUGGAUGUUAUUCUGCCAUUGGAGCGAUAUGUAUACUGCGGGUUAGUUUUGAGUAUGUCUAGAGUUGUAUACCCCGUACAUAUGUAGGGCUCUGGAGAGGAUGGUUCAAAUUGAAGUCGCGUGCAGACCAGCAACCCAGGUCCCACUAGUGCUCCU